AUGCUCGUAGACAACGGCCAGCGCGAUACAGCUGCUCUCCAGGCCGCUGCACAGGAAAAGGAGCUCCGUCUGCCGUCAUGGGCCAGCUUCGAUCCAAUUGACCAAUCCCUUUCCUCGUCGCCGGGCUCGUCGCCGCACUCGCCGGUGCCCUCGCCGACAGCGUCAGUCUCCCCCUGUCCAUCCAGCAGAGACGGCUCCCAGUAUCAAUAUCAGUAUCAGUAUCAGUCUCAUGUCCAUGUUCAGUCCCUGGAUACGGCCGCUCUGCAGAAUCUGAACAUCCGCGAGCGAGAACGCACGCCCAAGACCAGACGGUACCACCAGACGACUGCCACGACGACGACGACGACGCCAAAGAAACGCCCAGCGUCCCAGCGAGAUGACGACCAGCUCGGGGCCGGUCUGCCGUCGAAACGGUGCUCGCACUCGCAAAAGAUCGAGCGCGGAGGCGUCGUCUUUCAAGCCAGGCCCAAGGCUGACUCUCCGACGGCAGAUGUUCACGUUCAUAACGACAACAACGACGACGACGCGCCGCACAGCAUGCCAUGUACGCUCGAUCUCGUCCUGCAGCCAGAGACCAGGCAGAUCACCGAGGACCAACUAAUAGUGGAAGUCCAAGGCAUAUACUCCGGACUAGUAAUGGUGGAAAAGAAGUGUGUGGAAAUCGACAUGCAGCAGCUUAACAGUCGCUCUGAAUUAAGUAACGACCAGUGGGAGGCCCUGAUAGCUAUUCACCGCACUCUACUUCACGAACACCAUGACUUCUUCCUCGCAUCGCAGCAUCCCUCUGCUACUAAGCGGCUCAGGAAGCUGGCCGCUGAGUACGGGAUGCCGGCCAGGAUGUGGCGGCAUGGAGUGCACUCGUUUCUGGAGCUGCUGCGGCAUCGACUCCCCGGUUCGUUGGAACAUAUGGUCUCCUUCAUCUACAUCUCCUACUCUAUGAUGACGCUCUUGCUCGAGAGUGUGCCUGUCUUUGUCCAUAUCUGGAUCGAAUGUCUAGGUGACUUGGCCAGAUAUCGGAUGGCAGUAGAGGAGACUGAUCCGCAGGAGAGGGAGAACUGGGCGGAGGUGGCCAGAUACUGGUACAGAAUGGCUGCAGACAAGGGGCCUACUAUCGGCCGCAUACAGCAUCAUUCUGCAGUUCUAGCGAGACCGCACAUUCUCUCUCAGUUGUUCUACUAUACCAAGUCCCUGCAGUCUCUGGACUUCUUCUCCGCCCUGCCACAGCAUAUCGGCCGGGUAGGGGAGAAGUUCCGAGAACAGGGCGUCCAUAUAUCAUGCACCAACGUUGCGACUCUCUUUAUUAAUGAUAUCCCUGCACCGGGUAUACUGACAGCCUCGUAUGCCACCGCUCUGAUCCAACCGGUUGAGUCCAGGAUAGCUUCUGCCCGAACCUACUGGAGCCGCUGCACUCGUUCCCCCACUCCCAGUUCCAUGCUCGAUACCAUCCCUCGCUCGUUUGAUACCAAAUUUAACAACACCCUCAGUCCUUUCCACCAUACAGCCUGCCUGUCCAUGCAUACGUUAUCUCUCUUACUACGUCAGAUCGGUGAUAAAAACGUCCUUCCAGCAGUCCACGUCUCUCUAGCGUUCUUAUAUACGUUAUCUCUUACCCCAGAGGCCAUGCAUGUCUUUGAGCCACUCAUUCCUUUCCGCGAUCUAGUUAUCUUUCUUAAUACCCUGAAUCGACAGCGUGUAAGUGAAUCUAAACUGGCAAGUGACGACUUCCCGCUUCCGGAAUGUCGGGAUCUGGGCGUCACUUAUCAUCUGCCUGAAGACUUUGACCUAAGGGGACUAGACUGGACGAGACUCUACUUCCCAGAUGGACAUUUCGUGGACAAGGAGCUCGCGGAGGACGAGGAACGACUGCUGGAAGUGCCCAGUACCACCCUCAUGGAUCGAUGGUUCACGUACGACCCGGCCCUGCGCAGGUUCGAAGUCAAAGACCUCGUACUACAGCUUGAGCGUUGCUCAGAGCGAGUUACCUUCUUCAGGAAUGCCGCGGAGGUCCUUGCUGGAAUGGAGCCAUCAGCGCAUACGCCCGACUCGACUUCUAGUCUAGAAGUGAGAGAUCCUCCAAAAGUACCAGACAGGUGA